CUUUGAGGUUAAUGCACAGCCCAGACUUAGGCGCCUCUCCGGCAGCGGACCCAGGCUCGGAGACCCGGACGCUGGGACAGGUAGCCCCGGACCGGAGCGGUCCGUGCGGCCCGCAGCUGGGGCAGAGGUCCCGGGGGACUUCUCGGGGGCGGUGUCCGUGGGCUUCACGCGCCGUAGCAGGCGAGGCUGCAGCAGCGCGGGGGUUAACUGGAGGCGGGCCCACCCAGGUUACGCGGUGGCGUCACGGGCGUCGCGCCUUUCCGGGUUACGCAGCCAGGGGCGGGCUGCUCUGGGAGCCAAUGGAGUGCGUCUAUGCAAAUAGCUGCGGAGCUAGCGCCUUCGCCCGUCGGUGGAGAGUUGGCCGCUCCGGGCUCCGCCUCCUGGUGGGCCCUCCGGGCUUCCCCGCCUCCCGGCGCACCUUUCUCUGGUGCCCACAGGCGGCCCGCCGACCGCCCCCGCCAGGCGGGGACCACGGCGCCCCCCGCAGGACCCGCCCGCCGCCCCGGGGACGCCCGAGCGGCGCCUCCCUGAGGCCGAUGCCCACCCGGGAGUCCUCAAAGACCCGCGGCUACCGGGGGGACCUGCAGACCCGCCCGCCCGGCCCUGGGCCCCCGCGGUUGGUGCCUCCAGGCCCGGAAACCAGCGCCCCCCGCGCUCUGUGCGAGCGUCAACCAGGAGCGCACAGGGCAAGGCCCAAGAAGAUUGUAUUUGAGGAUGAGCUGCCAUCCCGGGCCCUCUUGAGCACCAGGAAGCCUAUUGAAGCCAUCCCCAGGGGGCAUAUGCCAAGGGCCCACCCAGUGCCCGACUAUGAGCUUAAGUACCCACAAGUGAGCAGUGAGAGGGAACGGAGCGGCUAUGCUGCGGUGUUCCAGGACCAGUACACAGAGUUCGUGGAGCUCCAGCAGGAGGUGGGCUCUGCACUGGCAAAGCUCCAGCAGCUGGAGACCUUGCUGACCUCACUGCCCAGGCCGCGAAGCCAGAAGGAAGCCCAAGUUGCCGCCCGUGUCUGGAGGGAAUUUGAGAAGAAGCAGACGGACCCCAGCUUCCUGGACAAGCAGGCUCGCUGCCACUACCUGAAGGGCAAACUGAGGCACCUCAAGAUGCAGAUCCAGAAGUUCGAUGAGCAAGGAGAUUUCGAGGGCUCUGUGUACUUCUGAGUGCCCUGGCAGACAGGCAGAGGGACCCAUUGAGGUGGCGGUCCCACCUGCCCUCGCCUCUCCUCCUACCUCCCGGCUUUAGCUCCUGCUUUUACACCCUCCUGGGGUAGUUUUGGCGAAUGCCUCAGCCUCUGAGACCCAGCCCUGAGGGUGCCUUCCUCCUCCGGGAAGCCGUCCCAGAACCUCCUCAGGGACCACCGGCUCUGAGCCCAGAUCUCAGUCCAUCCCCUGGAAGCAGGUCUUGCCUAAGUCUCUAUCUCAGUGUAAUAAACGUCUAUGAAAUGC